AUGGCAAAUACUAAACAAAACAUGAGACCAUUAAGGCCUAACUUUAAUAUAAAAAAUACUUCUUAAGUUUCAGAAUAGGAGCCUCCGCAACCAACUCUUGAAAAUAAAGAGUACAAAGCUACAGAGCCAAAAAUUAAUUUAAGACCUUUCGUACGUCCGCCUAGUUCAAAAAAAGAUGAUGUUCAACAAUCGUAAUAGUUUUAAGAAUCAAUAAUGGAAUCGAAAGUGGAUGAGUAAAAAAACACAUAACAAAGUAACAGAUUCCACUUACAUUUAAAGGAAGAACACCAGUAAAUGGAUUUAGAAAAUUUAAUCUACAAGCUGCUGCGCCUAGCUAAUAGAAUGAAGAGGUCUUGAAUGUGGCUUAGUAAUAUUAAGGGCCAGCCAUAAAUCUAUUUGCUAAUAAAGAAAAAAUUUAAUAAGAAGUUAGUCAAAUCAAAUAAAAAGAAUUAAGACAAAUGGUGCAAGUGCAAAUGAAACAAAGACCUCUGAAUGCACCUGAGGCGAACAUGUUUGCUGGAAAAGAAUCAGUUGAUGGUCAGGAUACCUUAAAGAAGGUGAAACCCAUUAGACCAACAAACAAUAAAGAGCCAAUCACCAAAGACACUAUCAAAGUAGCAGAGCUGUUAGAAAACAAGAUUCAGUUUCAGGCUCCCCAGGAAGAUCAGCAGAUUGAAACCAAAAAGGUUCCUAGAACAAGAGUUAAGUAAGCAGCUCAAGAAUAGAUUGAUAUAGAAUAGUUGAAUAAUAAUUAGUAAUAGAAUGCAAAACAACAAGCGGAGGAAACAAUGAUGGAAAAGACUCAGAGAGAGAUGAAUAAAAAUAUAAGUAAGAAAACUGGAAAGACUAAUUAGAUUGCAUAGCAAUAAUAAUAAAAUGAACAACCAGAGGAAACUAAUAAAUAAUUAGCAUAAACAAAAGAAGCAAUCCAGAAACCAUAAUAAACAGUCACUUCAAUAGAUGAUUACAAAGAGAGAGUACAUAAAUAUAUUAAUUAUUCAAUAGACAAUUUAAUUUAAUACUAAUACUACAAAAAAUGUGUUGUAAGGUAAGACAGAGGAACAAAGGAAAAGAGUAAAAGACUUAUAGCAAUUAAUAACAUUAGAAGUAGAUGAUUAUAGCAAUUAAUUAGUGAUUCAACCGAGAAGUAAGACAUUUUAAUAUAUAUUUAAUAGCUGAAUAUGAAACUUAUCUCAAUCAUAUCAAGGCUAACAUAAUCAGAAAUUCUUGUGAUCAAGCAUUUGAUGACCGAUUAACAGUGGAUACUCAAACAGAUGAAUUUUAAACAAAUGAUUUCGGAGGACAAUGUCCAGAAGAUUAUAAUAGAACCUUCCUUGCCCACAAACAACAAUAUCAAAAAGACAAUCGUCUAUGUGAAUUCAUUGAAUAGGCUUGUGAGAUUUUUGAGGAAAUUCUUAAUAGUGGGAACAGAAAUCAGAUCCAAUUUGAUUAAGAACAAUUGAAUCAUAAAUUUCCUAAUAAAAUUAAAAGUGCUUUCAAAUGCAAAUGCUUAAACAUUGUAGCUCAUUAAAUAUAUAAUAAUCAAUUGGAACUGUUUGAAACCUAUUACAUUGAGAGUGAUAAAUUUAAGUGGCUUAAUGGUUCAUUGAUAAUUUAAUAUCCCUAAAAUGUACUAUACUAUAUUCCUUCAAAAGUAACAUGUUUGAUUUGUGAAUAAAGUUUAUUGAUUUGUGGAAAUGCAGACGGAUAAUUGGCUGGAUGGAGUAUAAAUGAUGUUGGGUAUAACAAUAGGUACAUUGAUAAAAUGAGAGAACUAUUGUAGGAUGAAUUUAAAAUCAAAAGCAUUAACUUUGCUUCAGAAUGGAAUCUAUCAAUUCUAGAUUAAUUUAGCGAUGCCAAUAUGAACUAGUUGUCAUAAAUACAAUAAAUAACCCAUAACUCAUUAAUCAAAUUGAUUUUUGAAAUAGUUGUAAUGGAUGUAUUUGGAAAUAUAUAAAUUUGGGAGGUUUAAGAUCUGAAAUAUAAUGAAUAAGAAAAGCUGUAUGUAGAUUUAGGAAUAAAAUCAAAAAAGAAAUUAGUGUUGUUAAAUACAAUCAACAAGAACCUGACAAAGAUAUACAGUUGUAUGAGUAUGGACAUAGAUACGUAAUAUUAAUAAUCUAAUUAUUUUAUAGUAUUCUCAUUUGCGGACCCUCAAAAGUGAUUAAUAUUUCUCAAUAGCGAUCCUAUUUUGAUGAUUCAGAUAUGUAACCCUGUGUUAUUAGUAACAUCUAUUCUAAUUAUUUUUGUGUUGGAUAUAUUGAUGGCCAUAUUGCGUAAUCAAAAAAUUUAUAUUUUCUAGAUUAUUUCACAAAGACUUUACUAAAUCAAUUUGGUAAUUGAGAAUUGGAUUAAAGAAGAUCAUUUGGAUUAGAAUUCUUUCUGAUGGUUUGAUAGGUGCCAUCGAUAGUGAAUAGAAUAUAUAUGUAUAUUGUGCAUAGGAUAAUUCCUAAAUGAUAGGAAAAUAAUUGGCUGAUCAAGAUCAUUGGAGAUUCAACUAUGCUUAGUAUGUGUGUUUUAAUUAAUUUAAGCUAAAAUGGUUAAGAGUUGACAAUAGUAGGGAAAGAUAAAAAUACUGAUUUGCAAUUGAUUAAAGAGAGAUUAGAAUUAUAGGGAACCAAAACUGACAUUUUCGAUAACAUUUAUUUGGAUUAUUAUGGAUAAUGA